AUGGUGAAAACACUGAAGCAACAGGCUGAAGAUGAUCUCCCAGGCUAUGAGCUUGGGAUAACUCUCGGUUCUGGGGGGUUCGGCGAGGUAGUAGUAGGAACCAAUAUUGUAUCAGGGAUUAAAUAUGCCAUCAAAAUCAUUCCUGCUACGAUCGACCCUGAAGACCGCAAAAUGUAUGAACAAGAAGUAAAAAUCAUGCACGACUUGUCUGGGUCUUCCAAGUACCUCGUCGAACUGGUGGGCAGUAAGGUACGCUUGUCAAAUUGGUACCUGAUCAUUGAGCUUGCUCUUGGAGGCGAGCUUGGCCAAGGCAGUACUUAUAAGCAUCGUGAGGAGAGAGCAAAGUCUAUUGUCCGUGACAUCACUACAGGACUCUCUACUAUGCACGGCAUGGGCAUCAUUCAUUCGGACAUCAAGAUGUCGAACAUCCUUCUCAAGACAUCUGAUGAAAACUCUGUCGCAAUGAUCGCCGAUUUCGGGCUGUCAAAAUACGUCAAGGAUGCCGAUGAUACGGCGGGCGGUACUCCUGGCUACAUGGCACCAGAAUUGAAGUGGCCUGGUCACAUUGCUGGAACCGAAAUUGAUAUCUGGUCUCUCGGUAUUCUUGUGUGGGAGUUGUUCUUCACUCGUCGUAUUAAGAUCGAGUUGGCGACCACUGCUGGCACUGCUGCAACCAUUAAGAACUUCCCUGUUAACAAAAUUUCUCUUGAUGCCGAACGUUUCAUUAAAGACUGCUUGAAUGGUGAUCCAAAAACGAGAAUGACUGCGCUCGAAGCUCUCGACCACCCGUGGUUCAAGAACAGUACUCCUACAAGCGCAGCUGUUCAAAUUCUUGCAGCCUCUCCAGCUGUCGCGGCUGUUCCAGAUCUGGCAGCUGCCCCAGCUCGUCGUAAGGCACGUGUUCGCGAAGCAGCGCCCGCCGCUAAACGUCAGAAACCGAAUCGUGGUCUCUGCGACAAGAAGAUCAGGAACUGCUCUUACAUCUGA